CCGCCGCCCGUGGGGGUGCGCGGGCUCCUGCAGCCCGGGACAGCCGCCCGUCCCCUCUCAGGCGGCCCUGGAGAUGGGCAGGGGCGGCGGGCUGGGUGCGCUGCCGCCUCUGCCUUCCCAGGAGAGGUUAAAGUGAAAAUACCUUUUGGAAACAAAUGUCUUGAUGCUAUCUUUUCUGUCCCAGAGAAGAAACCAACGUAUGGAGUGAUUCUUACUCAUGGAGCUGGAGGAGACAUGAAUUUCCCUCAUUUAGUGUCCUUGGCAGCCUAUCUUGCAUCCCAUGGAGUUCUGUGCCUGCGGUUUACUUGUAAAGGCCUUAAUGUUGCCUACAGGACUAAGGCUUUCAAAGCAGUUGUGGAAUACUUAAAACUUUGUGAUGAUUAUAAACUUUCUGGUGUUUUCCUUGCAGGCCGUUCCAUGGGCUCACGAGCUGCUGCCUCAGUGAUACGUCAGCUGAGCCAGGGUGAUGAUGAUGAUGGCUUCAUUCAAGGUCUUGUGUGUUUAUCUUACCCUUUGCAUCGACCAAAACUGCAGUCCAAGCUCCGGGAUGAGGAUUUAUUACUGAUCACGUGUCCAGUGCUGUUUGUCUCAGGAUCAGCAGAUGAGAUGUGUGAAAAACAAUUGCUAGAAGGUGUGGUGAGCAAAAUGAAAGCCCCUAAAAAAAUCCACUGGAUUGAUAAAGCAAACCAUGGGAUGGCAGUCAAAGGACGAACAGCAGAUGAUGUCAUGGAAGAAGUAAAUGCACAAGUUUUUUCUUGGCUUAGAGAGAAUGUUCAGCUGCAGCACAAAUAAUUUGCAGUGUUCAAGCAGUAUCUUCAUUUUUCCUACAUGUGGCAAAUAAAGGGUUUGUUAUUUUUA